GAUCUAAUCCGGAUAGCAAGAAGAAAUGGGUGAUACAGAGAAGUGUAGUAACAGUGAUAUGAUCCAGAGACUUCAUUCAUCUUUCGGCACUUCAUCUUCUUCCAUUCCCAAAAAUCCCAUUUCUCAGCUCGAUUUAAACCCUAAUUUCAUCCGCUCAUCAGCUCCUCAAUUCUCCAAGCCUUUCAGUGACAGUGCCAAACGAAUCGGUGUUCCUCCGUCGCACCCCAACUUAAUCCCACCGACUUCUCCGUUUUCUCAGAUCCCGACCACCCGACAACCCGGUUCGGUUAACUUUAACCCGGGAGCUAGUCAUUCGCGGUCAAUGUCACAGCCCAACUCUUUCUUCUCCUUUGAUUCGUUACCUCCGUUAAGCCCUUCUCCGUUUCGCGAUUCUCUGUCGGCACAACCAGAUCACGAUGUUUCCAUGGAGGAUAGAGAUUCCGGCGGGUUUAACAGCAACCAUUCGUUGCCUCCAUCGCCGUUCACGAGGUGUAAUUCGACCUCUUCUAGCUCCUUGAGAGUUGGUGAGAGUUUACCUCCGAGAAAGUCUCAUAGACGCUCCAACAGUGAUAUUCCCAGUGGGUUUAAUUCCAUGAUUGUUCAGAAUUCGUUGCCUUUGAUCCCUCCAAGACCAUUGGAGAGGUCUAUUUCUGGUGGGGAAUGUGCUGAUUGGUCAAAGUCUACUCCUUUCGUGAAGAAGGAAUCGAGCUGCGAAAGAGAAGGUGUCGGAGAGAGAGAAUCCAUGGAUGAUCUCUUCUCAGCAUAUAUGAAUCUUGAAAACAUUGAUGUUUUGAACUCCUCUGAGGCUGAUGAUAGCAAGAAUGGUAAUGAGAAUAGGGAUGAUAUGGAGAGCAGCAGAGCAAGCGGGACGAAGACUAACGGUAGUGAUACCGAAGGAGAGAGCAGCAGUGUGAAUGAGAGUGCGAAUAAUAACAAUAAUUUGAAUUCUUCCGGCGAAAAGAGAGAGAGUGUGAAGAGAAGAGCGGCUGGAGGAGAUAUUGCUCCUACGACUAGACAUUACAGGAGUGUUUCAGUUGACAGUUGUUUCAUGGAGAAGUUGUCUUUUGGUGAUGAAUCACUAAAGCCGCCUCCUUCUCCUGGAACUAUGUCACGGAAAGUUUCCCCUACCAAUUCGGUUGAUGGGAAUUCCAGUGCUGCUUUUAACAUCGAGUUUAAGAACGGUGAGUUUACUGCAGCGGAAAUGAAGAAGAUCAUGGCAAAUGAUAAACUAGCAGAGAUGGCCAUGUCUGACCCUAAGCGUGUCAAAAGAAUCUUGGCGAACCGUCAAUCCGCAGCACGGUCAAAGGAGAGGAAGAUGCGGUACAUAGUAGAAUUGGAACACAAAGUGCAGACUCUUCAGACCGAGGCUACCACAUUGUCUGCUCAGCUCACGCUUUUGCAGCGAGAUAUGAUUGGGUUCACAAAUCAGAACAAUGAGCUGAAGUUUCGGCUUCAAGCAAUGGAGCAACAAGCGCGUCUUCGCGAUGCUCUGAACGAAGCACUGAAUGGGGAAGUUCAGCGACUGAAACUGGCAAUCGGUGAGACGAGCCAGAACGAAUCAGAGAGAUCAAAGAUGCAAUCACUCAACGCUGAGAUGUUCCAGCAACUAAACAUCAGCCAGUCAAGACAGCAGCCACAACAGAUGCAGCAACAGUCUCAUCAGCAGAACCACCAGAAUGGAACCAUGGCAACAAAAUCUGAAUCAAACGAAUAGAGCAGAGAAGUUGGUUGCUGGAUCAAAGAGGGUUGGAGUUUUUCAAGUUACAUAUCGAAUCAAACAUUAUAUUUCAUUUAUGUGCAGAGUCAGUUGAAUUUACAUAUAUCAUAUAAGGCGUAAGUCCAAGAAAUUUAAUUUUACACU